AUGCAGACCUAUCUUCACGUGUUGGAUUCGUACUUCAGCGUAAUAUUAUUUGGACCAUUAGUUACUGCUUACUGGAGGGGAACUUGGGAGAUAGCUGAUGUUUAUUUAUUUCCUGAUAAUUCCAAUUUGAGUUUUGGUGUAUCUACAGCUGCUGGAGUCUUAGUGUAUCUUUGUUUUAACUUUUCUCAAGAUCAUUUCACGAGUCUGAAUUAUAAGAUGAGUUCUCCAAUGUUUUGUAUCAGUUCUCGGCUUCAUGCCUACAUCCUAGGUCAUGCUAUGGUUAAUUAUUGGAGAGGUAUAAUGGGAUUCAUGGAUAAAAUAAACAAAACGUACCUUUAUAUGGGACUAGAAACAAUUCUAUCUACCAUUUUAUUAGCUGUUUUAAAGGGUUCAAUUAAUGCGAUUUCGGCACCACUCUUAACCAUUCCUGACACAGGUCCACAUGGUCGAAAAGAUUAUUUUCAGAUUUCUACAAAGCUUAAAACUAAGUCGACAGAAUCCUGGAGUUUUUUUCUAGAUUGCUGUUACUCAGUACUAAUAAUAAGUGGGUUGGUGAUCGUACAGUGGCAUGGGGUAUGGGGAUUGAUAGACUUGAUGAUUGUACCUCAAGAUCAAUUUAAGUCAGCCUGGUUGUCUCUUGUUAUUGGUUACGCCAUGACUAUGGUGUUAUUAAUCGUUCAAUGGCCUGUAAUGGCAUUUGCGAAAAAAGCCAGGAAUGAGACUUUUAAGUGUUACUCAAUUAUAUUACUUUUAAUAGAAAUAUUUAUGAGUUUUUGUGGUACAACAGCCAGUGCUUUCGUGUGGCGUGGAUUUUGGAAUCUCCAAGACCAAUUACUAUUACCUAAUAAUUUGGAAUUAAGCGUAUGGAUAUCACAUGGUAUUGGAACUAUAUGUUUAAUGAUAAUGUUUCAUUUUAACACAGCAAUUCAAGCAGGACUUGAUUCGGACGGUGAUAUUAUAUUUAGUGAUGAGCAAACGUUUUUUGAUAUCAAAUUUAUAUGUAAUAUAAUAAGAUACAGUGGAAAUAUGGUAUGUUAUUCAACAUAA